AAUCGCGUAAUGACACAACAGAGACAACUGUCAUUAAUUUACGAAGUAGAUUAUUUGUGAUUAUUAAUAUACAAAAAUAUACAAUUUAUAGUAAUUCAGAAUGUCUUACGCAUAUUUGUUUAAAUAUAUAAUCAUUGGAGAUACUGGUGUUGGGAAAUCUUGCCUUUUACUCCAAUUCACAGAUAAGCGAUUUCAACCUGUGCAUGACUUGACAAUAGGUGUAGAAUUUGGUGCUCGAAUGAUAACAAUUGACAGUAAACAAAUUAAGUUACAAAUAUGGGAUACAGCUGGCCAAGAAGCUUUCCGAUCAAUUACAAGGUCAUACUAUAGAGGUGCUGCUGGUGCUCUAUUAGUCUAUGAUAUCACCCGAAGAGAAACCUUUAAUCAUCUCACAACUUGGUUAGAUGACGCUAGACAACAUUCCAAUUCAAAUAUGGUCAUCAUGCUCAUUGGAAAUAAAAGUGAUCUAGAGAGCAGACGGGAAGUUAAAAAAGAAGAGGGUGAAGCUUUUGCCCGUGAACAUGGUUUAGUGUUUAUGGAGACGUCAGCUAAAACUGCUGCGAAUGUUGAAGAAGCGUUCAUUAAUACAGCAAAAGAAAUUUAUGAAAAGAUUCAAGAAGGUGUUUUCGACAUAAAUAAUGAGGCCAAUGGUAUCAAGAUAGGUCCCCAGCAUUCACCCACAAAUCCCUCUUUACCAGGUGCCGGAGGAGCUGGAGGAUCUCAAGGCUCUGGUUGCUGCUAGACGUAAAGUCAUACAAAUAAGGGUUUACGUGUAAACAAUUUAAACCCAUGUAACUAAAUGGAAGUGGCCACAAAGAAUUUGUUACAUAAAUUAAUGAUCUAAUAUCUUCCGAAACGUUACGUUAAUUUGUUUUAAAUGCACUAUUAGAACAUUGUUUAAAUAUAUCUAUCGGAAAUAUUUCGUACCACUGUCAUCACUGAUGAGUAAUUUAUGUAAUGAACUUAUAAAGUCAUGUGAUUUUUUCAAUGUAUAUUUAUAUUUAGCCGUCAAAUCCAGAUAAUAUUUUUAUUAUUUCUUUGAAGUGAAUAUAGUUAUUUAGAUAAAUCUUUAUUUUAUUCGGUUAACAAUUCGUGUUGUACUUUGUUCAAAGGUGUGUUCUAGUUGUCUAAGUUACCUUCACUUAUUGAAAGAUAUGAUAUAGCCCAAAAAUGUUUUUUAUGUAAGCUUCGUAAAUCAAAAUAAAAGUAUAAGUUAUA